UGUCACUCAUUACGAUUUUGAGGGAUUACAAAUCGGGAUCUUUGAUGUUGAUGAAUGAAAAUCAAUUAUAUGAACAAGCUUUAGAUGCCUUCACCAACAGAUAUGAAUAUGACACAACAACGCAUAAUAUUUCAAUGUUUCAAGCUUGGCAAUCAAUAGAAGCAGUUGAAACUCUGGGAAUAAACGAGAAGAUGUCAGUUAUAAAAAAUAACAAGGUCUCGCCCGGAUCGAACGGCAACGGUGUCUACCUCAAUACUGAUAUCAGAAAAUCCUUGAAAUAUCUAAUACAAAAAGGCUGGAAAAAUCACGCUUUUAAUCAAUUCGUUAGCGAUCUCAUACCUUUAAAUAGAAGUUUACUUGAUGUUAGAGAUGAUUGGUGUAAACACCAAAUCUAUUCAAAGAAUCUACCGCAAGCGACAGUUAUAAUAUGUUUCCAUAAUGAAGCCUGGUCUACCUUGCUUAGGACUGUGUAUUCGAUUCUAAAUAGAUCACCUAGUUAUUUGUUAAAAGAAAUUAUACUCUUUGAUGAUUUUUCUACUAUGGAUCAUUUAAAGCAACCUUUAGAAGAACACUUACGUAAUUUACCUAAAGUAGUUUUAAAACGAUCCCCGAAACGCGAAGGUCUUAUAAGAGCAAGAAUACAGGCUACAAAAGAAGCCACUACUUCUGUUGUAAUAUUUCUAGACAGUCAUUGUGAGUGUACAGAAGGCUGGCUAGAACCCCUUUUGGAUCGUAUUGCACAAGAUCCUACUACUGUCACAAGUCCUAUGGUAGACGAUAUUCACGAUUCCACAUUCGAGUAUAUGCCUCAAAACAGCAACGAAAUUUACAUUGGCGGAUUCAAUUGGGAAUUGAAAUUCAAAUGGAAACCAAUCCCUCGCAAUGUUUUAGCUAAACGAGACCAGCCCGCAGCGCCUAUAAAAACUCCGACGAUAUCCGGUGGGCUGUUUGCGAUAAACAAAGAUUUUUUCAAGAAGCUCGGUUAUUAUGAUGAAGGUUUUGAUAUCUGGGGUGCUGAAAACCUGGAGCUGUCUUUCAAAACGUGGAUGUGCGGCGGCUCUUUAGAAAUAAUACCUUGCUCCCAUGUAGGGCAUGUUUUCAGAAAGAGGUUCCCUUAUGUGGGACAAAGCGGUGCCGUAAGAAGAAAUUCCAUGAGGUUGGCGGAGGUAUGGAUGGACGAAUACGCCCAAUAUUUCUACGACACUAUCGGGAAGGAUAAACGUGUUUACGGCAAUGUGUCUGAGCGCGUCAAGCUUCGAAAUAGUCUGAAUUGCAAAUCAUUUCAGUGGUAUUUGGACAACAUUUACCCGCAGUUGGAGUUGCCAGAUAACUAUGUUGCCAGUGGCCAGAUAUACAGCCUUAGCAACUUUUCAGUGUGCUUGGAUUCAUCUAUGACGAAAGAAGAAUGGGGAGUAAAUCUUUUCCCUUGUCACCAUCAAGGUGGUAAUCAGUACUGGGUGUAUACAAAAAAUGGUGAAAUCAAGAGGGAGGAUAAGUGUUUGGAACAUUUAUUCUCUAUAUUAACAUUAUAUUUUUGUAAGGGACGCACCGGUUCUCAGACAUGGAUAUACAAUACCAAGACGAAGCAUAUACGACAUCUAGACUUGCAAAAAUGUUUGCAAGUAAAAAAAUAUGUUGAUAAAAAAUUAAGAUUGACAUUAGAAGAUUGCUCCACGGCAAGCACGCAAAAGUGGGAAAUGGAGAACUUUUAUGCUUCCAGACUCAACCCAUUGUUGAGAAUGUAUGAAAGAUUAAAUUAA